GCGGUGAUGACGUCAGGAGGCGGUGCCGCGCCGCGGCCGGAGCGGGCCGAGGUUGGAUGAAGAGUCUAAACUUCUUCCAGGUGUCCCUUUAAAACAUUUCUCCACUUGCUUCUUCUGUUGGAAGACCAGCUGGGGUUCCUUUUCUACUGUUCAUGCUGAACAGUUGCUUGGAGAGGUGGUGCAUGAGCGGAGAAAUACCUGGUGAUGAUUCAAAUGUGGGAAUUGCCCCGGAUGUGGUUGCUGCUGAUGCUCCCUUGGGAACAUGCCUUGAUAGGGAAUUAACACCAGUCCGUGAUGGGCUGCGGGACAAGCAAAGUGCUUCCCGAGCCCCCCAAAGAUGUGCAGCUAGACCUGGUUAAGAAAGUCGAGCCUUACACAGGCCACAGUGACAUAUACAAGCAUUUCAUCAAAGAUGACAGCGGGGCUGUCAUCAAAGCUGGCUCUCCCUCCCCUCCUCAUCACACCAACCCCUACCCCGGGAACGCCGCGCCCGCCCAGCCCGAGCCCCGCAAGAACAAAGUGGCCAAAUACCGCGCCAAGUUCGACCCGCGCGUGACGGCCAAGUACGACAUCAAGGCGCUGAUCGGCCGGGGCAGCUUCAGCCGCGUGGUGCGCGUGGAGCACAAGGCCACCAAGCAGCCCUACGCCAUCAAGAUGAUCGAGACCAAGUACCGGGAGGGCCGCGAGGUGUGCGAGUCGGAGCUGAGCGUCCUGCGCCGCGUGCGCCACACCAACAUCAUCCAGCUCAUCGAGGUGUUCGAGACGCAGGAGCGCGUGUACAUGGUGAUGGAGCUGGCCACCGGCGGGGAGCUCUUCGACCGCAUCAUCGCCAAGGGCUCCUUCACCGAGAGGGACGCCACGCGCGUGCUGCAGAUGGUGCUGGACGGGGUGAGGUACCUGCACACUCUGGGGAUCACCCACCGGGACUUGAAGCCGGAGAACCUGCUGUACUAUCAUCCAGGAACCGAUUCCAAGAUCAUGAUCACAGACUUCGGGCUGGCCAGCGCGCGGAAGAAGGGGGAUGACUGCCUGAUGAAAACCACGUGUGGGACCCCGGAGUACAUCGCCCCCGAGAUCCUGGUCAGGAAGCCCUACACCAACUCUGUGGACAUGUGGGCGCUGGGGGUGAUCUCGUACAUCCUCCUCAGCGGCACGAUGCCCUUCGAGGACGACAACCGCACCCGCCUGUACCGGCAGAUCCUGAAGGGAAAGUACAGUUACUCAGGCGAGCCCUGGCCCAGUGUGUCCAACCUGGCCAAGGAUUUCAUUGACCGUCUGCUCACGGUGGACCCCAGUGACAGGAUGACGGCCCUGCAGGCCCUGAAGCACCCCUGGGUGGUCAGCAUGGCAGCCUCCUCCUCCAUGAAGAACCUGCACCGUUCCAUCUCCCAAAACCUUCUCAAGAGGGCAUCCUCCCGCUGCCAGAGCACCAAGUCCGCGCAGUCCACGCGCUCCAGCCGCUCCACCAAGUCCAACAAGUCGCGGCGCGUGCGGGAGCGGGAGCUGCGGGAGCUCAACCUGCGCUACCAGCAGCAGUACACGGGCUGAGCACCCCGCCCUGCCAGGGGUCUCCUCUGGUGUGCACACACUCAGGGAGGAGCAGCCACGUCCCUCCCUCCCUCCCUCCCUGCAGGCGUUCCCCCCGUCCAUGAGGAGGUGUCCCCCUCACCCCGUGCGGUGGAAAGGGAACCUUGUGGUGGCCGUCGCACCCUGCUGUGUGACACGCCAGGAACGGGGGAGUCCCUGUGGGCUCGGAGCACAGCUCGGAGCCUCGAGGAAUGCACAAAUUAAGGAGCCACGUGGGGAGAAGAGCUCUUUCUGUAGCCCAGGAGCUUAGUUGUUCAUAGUUAUUUAUUAAUUCCAGAGCGUUCCGUUUCUCUCGCUUGUGUAUGGGAAAAAGAAGAAAUCACUUGGUGUGUCUGUGCACGCACGUCCGUGUGUGCACGUACACGUGUGGGGGUGUAUAUGUAUUUAAAAAUUAUGUAUACACAGAUUUUGAGCUGGUUUAGUCAGACUCCGUGGUGCCUUUGCAGCAAAGCUGGAAUGAGUCAGUCAGAAGUGGGAUAGCUCUGACUCACUGCUGUGCUGCCCACCAGCUCCUUGCCAAAGAGAUGCCAGACAGCAGUUUUCCACGAGGGCUGGGAAGCUGUGAGGUUUCCCCCAAGGGAUCACUUGCCUGAUGACAUCAAGGGUUUACCCCUGGAAUUGUCCUGUCCCUGUUUGCAGCAAGACCAGUGCCUGUCAUGCAGGGUUGGUUGUUGUUGUGGCUCUGUUGUGUCUCUGAUGUGUUACACACCUCACAUCCCUCAGAAGAGGAUUGAGGAGGUUGAGGUUUUUUGUGCUAAGGGGAAAAAAGAGGGAGGAAGUUUUAGGGAUGUGCUUCCCACCGCAGAACUGCCAUGGGCUAUAACCACUGUAAGCACGGUGUUACCGAGCACGUCACUGCACCAGAACUUUGGUGGUUCCAGGCUGCUCCCUGGCUGCAGAUUUGACAGGGCUCCCCUGCUCUGUGUGCCCGUGCUGCCCCAGCACUGCCAUCCCUGCUUUGCAUCAGUGGUGGUGGGAGCUGUUGGGGUGGCCACAAAUAGCAUCAGGGUAGGGCCUUGAGUAGUGGAAGGUCAGUCUGGGAGUGUCAGCAGUGACAAUACCCUGGAGACAUUGUACAAAUGCCCUAGAGCUGUGAGGGGUGACUUAAGUUCACCAGAAAAAAGCUGCCUCUCACGUGUCCUUGUGCUGUAUGGGUGAUGAGAUGGGCUCUUACAAAGGACUCUCAGGGGAGGUGGGGGCUGCAGAGCUGAGCUUUGUGCAAGCCUGCUGAGAUCUUCUCAACCAGUUAGAGCAGCAAGGUGGGGCUGAUGGCACAGGCACAGCAUGGAUUUGGCUUCACAUGGUAGUAGAGACAAGAUCAGCAGUGAAGGAAAAUGAAACUUUUCUUACAAAGCCACAUGAUUUGCUUUGUGCUGUGCACUUGGGAAGGGCUUGCCUGGCUCUGGGCUGGAGAUGCAGGCACUCCAAGCUCAAGGGGCUGGUGGGCUUGGCCUUUUCCUAGGAUUGAUGCCUGUGCCUCUGUGUUUCAGUGUCAGCAGGGCUGAAGUGGUCAGUCACAUCUCCAGGGAGCUGUCACAGUCAUCCCUAGUCAGCAAACAGCAAAGCAGCUUUAGUGGGAGAUCAGAGUUUUCUGUGCUAAGGCGAAAAAAAAAAACAGGCGGGGAGGGGGAAUUUCUGGGGUUGUGCUUCCCAUCCCAAAGGUGGGACAGGCUGUAAAUAUGUGUAACCAGACUGGUGUGCCCAGGCACAUGGUGGGGAAUACAGCAGAAGUAACUUGAGGACAGCCACUGUGUGUAGCAGGAGUGAAUUUGAAAUCCUUUGCAUGGUUUUGCAUGUUAUUUUGAAAACCUCACAUCCUUUGCAGGCUGCCCUUUCUCUGAGCAGCCUGUCCUACCAUGUCACAUGUAGUCUUUCUUCCAUCAGCAUUAACAGAUACUACAGAAUUCUCCAAUAUUGGGGUUUUUUUUCAACUCUGUGGACUGCAAACAAAAAUGUUUUCAGCAUCUUUUACCUCCUCAUGUAGUUUUUUCCUAGUUUAUUACCAUGAACUAUAAACUAGAUGUGAUUCCUGACAAAGCAGGCAGCUUGCCACAUUUUGCUUCAUGAACAGUUGAGUGUCCCUCAUGGUUCUGCAAACAGCUCUCCAAAAGCAGAAGCCCCUCCAAGGCCAGUGUCAACUGGACCGUGGGGGCCCUGCAGGUCAGGUGGUGGCAGGAGGCUCCCUCGGAGCAUUUCUGGUUCUGAGCCAUUCCUUGAAGAGGCUUUGGUGUGUUUGGAGCAUCACUCCAGGCACUGUGAUUGCUUUUACCUCCUGGCUGCUCCUGUGGCCCUCCCCAGAUUAUCCUGCACGUUUAUCCACAAAACAGGGAUUUUGCCUGUGUGAGGGGGUCAAACUGAUGAACUGAGCCAAGACCUCUAGAACUGAGACCUUUCCCCUUAACCACUAGGCCAUCAAAAUGCACAUGGCGUAUACAGAUGUUUGCCCAUGCUGUUCCUUUAUCUUUCUCUUACGGGAUGAGGAAUACAUAAAGCUCUGGGCUAACCACGCUUGUUUCUCCACCUUCACAAGGCAGAGCAAGAAUCUUCUCAUCUGUGGCUAUUUUUGCUUCAUUGAUCUUUUUCACCAGGAGAAGUUCAGAGUGAUCCUUUGUGGUUACUUUGGGCUGGAAUAUGUUUUGGGGUGUGGGAGGUUGCUGUGUAGGUUCCUGACAGUGUCAGGUUUUGGUGGUGAUGCUCUGUGAUUGGGGUGAAUUGGCAGAAGGGAGGAUCCAUCACGUAUGUGAGAAUAUUGGAUAGCUGCAACUGCCUCCCCGUGGUAUUGAGGUCUCUGUGGUCCUUGGGCACUCCACUGCUUGGGAAUUGCAGGAAGAGGACCAAGGCCAUCCCUUAAAGAGCUUUGGCUUUUCUAAAAAAAUAACUCUAUUUCUUUUCACAAAUGCAAUGUUUUCUUGUUUGCGUGGAAAAGUCAGUAUAAACUUUACAGGCUUUCCUUGCAUCGUUCAGUUUUAACACUCUUGGCUCACUCCCUCUUCUUCUCCUAAAUCCAUUAUUCAUAGGAACUUUGCAGCCAGACAAUAACUCUGUGUGGGCAGAGGGGAGAUGAGCAGAGCUCUGCCCGAAUGACCCUGGAGUCCUCAGUGAUCUUUUUCAGUCUGGAAAACUGUGAUGGUCCAAAUGCCACGUUGGAAGGUCAGGCUUAAGAACAAUUCCUCAGGUGCUUUUAUCUUGCAAGUGGGACACGUUUUCAGUUGGGUCUGGUGCGGAGUGGGACAGCAAAGUGCUGUAAUUCUGAGCCAUGGUCCAGUGCCUUCAAUCUCUCCUCUAAGAAGCUCUUCACUGUGAAUUACCUUGAUCAUCUGUCUUCAUUCCACAGGAGCAGCUCAGAGCUCUGUUGGUCUUAAGUCUCAGGAGUUUACACUUUCCAGGAGUGCCUUUUUUGGGGAUUUUAGAAACUAAAAUCUCUCUGAAAUGCUUUUUUCUACUCUUUCAUUUAAUUUUUUAAUGUCCUUCUUUGACUCCUAAUGGUGGUUCUUAAUUUGGGUCGCAGAGUGUUUUUUGGGAACCUUCCUCUGGUCCUGAAUGUGCAGGGAGGACAGAGGUGACACCUGCCUGUUCCAGACCACCACUGAAUGCAGUCUCUGUUAUCUGGGGUGGAAAUCCGAGUGCUUCUGUUCUGCCUGCUUUGGUUCUUGCAGGGGAAGUGGAGUGGGAAUGACACCUAGUGGCAAAUUGUGGUGUGUCCUUGUCCAAGCACAGCCCUCUCCUCGCUGCAUCCCCUGUUUCUGGCUGAGAUGCUCCUGAGGAGUAAAGGGAAUUAAGGUGGUUUGUCUUUUGGAACUUAGCAGUACUGUGUAAAAAAGUCCCAUCCUUUUGCCCUGGGAGUUCAGCUGCUCUCUUGGGGAAGAGAAUUACAGCUUCAAAGAAUGUGGCCUGUUGAUUCCUAGAUUUUUACCAUUUUUGUUGAGGAUUAUUGGAAAAGAAUGUGAGAAAGUCUUCCAGAAAUUGCAUGGGUGGAUGGGGGGGGUCUGAAGAUUCGCAUCCAGGGUUUUGAGCAUGUAGUGUAUUUUCCUAAAACAGCAGUUACCAGUCCGUGUUGGAUUUACUUCUCACUCAGGCUUCUAAAAAUCUUAACACAUCAACCCAGUGGGAUAGAAACCACCCUUCCUUUGAUCCUGAAGAGGUCUGUGCCAUUUAACACUGCAGUUGUGAUAGCAUCCAGAUGCUCCUGCUCUGUGUUGUUCUUGGAAGCACACAGCUAUAUGUGAAGGAAAGCCUGAGAGCCUUGAGAGGAGCUUGAGCCCAGACAAGAGGGCUCAGCCCUGCUGGCUUUGGGAGUGAUGUGGAAACCAGCUGCAGUGCAGGGCCUGCUUCACGUGUUUGUUCUGGACAUGAUAAACCCUCACACUCUUCUUUGGAAUCCGGGUGCUUUGCUCUUUUAGGCCAGAUAUUUUCUGUUCUGGUAAUUUACAUUAUUUCUGAGGCCCUGCUCCAUUUCUCAGUCCUGUUUCCUACCUGGAUGUUUGACUGCAGUACUAAGAAGGUCAACUUUUAUCUGAUGCACAAACUGGAAUAGGAAUGAUGGUUCACUUGGCUGCUGGGCAGCAGCUCUGGGUUUGGCUCUGCAGGUCUGGUGAGUCCUGGGGCGAGGUAAAAGCUUCCUUAUGGUGUCUUUAAGGACCUGCAGUGCAGGCUCAGCUCAGUCUUGUACCACAUAGGGCAACUACUGUGUGGCUGGUACAGGCUUCUAAUUAGGCUGUGUGGGGCCAUUUUAAGUAAUGAUACUAAAGAUUUGGGGGAGUUUGAGGUGGGAUAAAUUAAAAUCUCAUAGUUUUCUAAAUGAUGCAAAGCAACACAGAGAUUGGCUUCUUUGAGCCCUAGAAUUUGCAGGGAGGGUGGUUGUGACCAGGCCUCUCACCCAUUCAGCUUUUUCCUGGAAGGUGUCACCAAGUGCCUGUAUCACUCAGUAUCCAGCCCCAAGUUGCCUUCACCACUCUUGGGAGGGUUUUGGUGUUUUUUUUGACCACUCAGUCUCCUCUUUUACCCUGGAUUAAGAGUGCAGCACUCCAAGGCAGGUGCCUGCAUGUCAGCUGUGCCUUAAUUUGCAGGAAACUCCCCACAGAAAUAAAUGUGAACACCAGGGAUGUGCUGUGGCAAGCGGCAUCGUGGAGCUCAGUGCCUUCUGCCCUCGGUGUGCCAAGGGCAGCGGGAGCUCUGCCUGGUGAUAACUGUCCCCUGUCCCAUGUCCCCUCCUGCCUGGUGAUACUGUAGAUCCCUCGUGUGUGACGGGCAAACUCUGGCUGCUGUUGCAGAGGUCGUUGCACUGUUUGUCUGCUGAAUGUAGAAUCUUUGCGAGGGGUGUUACAGAGCAGCAGCUCCUGCGCGGGUGCCCCGAUGCCGGGAGCUUUCCUGUUGCCUUUCCCUGGGGAAGGACUCCUCCCGGGAGGCCCCUGGGAUCGCAGCCCUUCCGCCACUGGAUGCUAUUCUCGGUUGCGCGGUUUCCGGUGCUGGGCUGGAGCAGUUUGGAAGCGACUCCGGUCUCAUCCAGGCGCUCUCCUCACGGGACUGUCUGGAGAAGUGUCCCACACCCCGCCUUGCCUCUCGAGUCCUGGCUUUACUCUAAGGACUGUCCUGUCAGAUGAGGUUGGACCCAGUGUAAUUAGUCUGUAAUGUUCAAGUUAGAGUGUACAGAAUUAUUUAUUUGGUGUACUCUGUCUGCUAAAACAUGUCCAUGUAUUCUGUGUA